AUGUCUCAGAAUCAGGAGAGUCCACACUGCACACAUGAGCAAAGCUUUCAGGCCCAGUAUGAGACCCAGGGCCUAGAGUUUCCACAAGUUCUUCAGGCUGUGGAGGAGGCCUCUUCUUCCUCUUCCUCGUCUCUGAUCCCCUGUUCCCUAGAGGAUGCUUCUGCUCCUAGUGCACCUAAUUUUCCUCAGGAUCAUCAGAGUGCCUGUUUCUCUUCCUCUGCCAUCAUAGCCGUCUCCUCUAGCAAAUCAGAUGAGGGCUCCAGCAGCCAAAAAGAGGAGGAUAGUACAAGCAGCUCACAGUCCACACCAGACACUGAGGAUGCGCCCAUAGAUCCUCUGAGGGAGAAGGUGGAUUUGUUGGUCAACUUCCUGCUGCUCAAGUAUCAAAAGAAUGAGCCUUUCACAAAGGCAGACAUGCUGAAGAGUGUAAUCAAAAAGUACAAAGUCCACUUCCCUGAGAUCUUCAGGAGAGCCUCUGAGUGCAUGGAGCUGGUCUUUGGCAUGGAUGUGAAGGAAGUUGACCCCAACAGCAAUUGCUAUGCCCUUGUCAACAAACUGGACCUCACGUAUGAUGGAAGGCUGAGUGGUGAUGAUGGCAUGCCCAAGACUGGCCUCCUGAUACUUAUCCUGGGCGUGAUCUUUAUGAACGGCAACUGCGCCACUGAGGAGGAAGUCUGGGAGGUGCUGAAUAUGGUAGAUGUAUAUUCUGGGAGGCAGCACUUCCUCUUUGGGGAGCCCAGGAAGUUCAUCACCAAAGAUUUUGUGAAGGAAAAGUACCUGGAGUACCGGCAGGUGCCCAACAGUGAUCCUCCACGCUAUGAAUUCCUGUGGGGACCAAGAGCCCACGCUGAAACCAGCAAGAUGAAGUUGCUGGAGUUCUUGGCCAAGAUGCAUGGAACGAGCCCCAGAUGCUACCUGUCCCUGUAUGAGGAGGCUCUGAGAGAUGAGAAAGAAAGAGGCCAAGGAACAACUGCAGGCAAGGCUGGCACUACUGCCAUGGCCACUGCAAGCUCCAGCGUCAUGACUGGUAGCUUCUCCAAACCCUAG